GCUCCUCCAGCUGUGUCCAUGUCGGACCCGGAUGACUUUGCGGCCCUGGCGGGCUCCUGGAACUCAUCAGAUCUGAGUCUCUUUAAUCCAGCCAGUGUGGUGGUGCCAGUUAUCUUCUCUCUCAUCUUCUUGCUGGGAACAGUGGGGAACAGCCUUGUCCUGGCCGUGCUUCUGAGAAGUGGCCAACGCACUCACAAUACCACCAACCUCUUCAUCCUGAACCUCAGCGUGGCUGAUGUGUCCUUCUUCAUCAUCUUCUGCGUCCCAUUCCAGGCCACCAUCUACUCUCUGGAGGACUGGGUCUUUGGAGCAUUUAUGUGCAAAGCCGUUCACUUCUUCAUCUACCUGACCAUGUACGCCAGCAGCUUCACCUUGGCAGCAGUGUCUGUGGAUCGAUACCUGGCCAUCCGAUAUCCCCUACGUUCCCGGGAACUGAGGACUCCUUGCAAUGCUGUAGCCACCAUGGCCAUUAUAUGGGGCUUAUCUGUGGUCUUUGCUGGACCUUAUUUAAGUUACUACGACUUGAUGGAUUUUGAUACCAGCCACAUCUGCAUGCCAGGGUGGAAAGAGAGGACUCGUAAAAUUAUGGAUACUGGCACCUUCAUCGUGGGAUAUGUUAUUCCAGUGCUUAUUGUAAGUCUGUCUUACACCAGAACCAUUAAAUAUCUUUGGACUGCUGUAGACCCCUUAGAGGACAUGUCAGAGUCCAAAAAAGCCAAGAGAAAAGUUACCAAAAUGAUAAUUAUUGUGACUGUCCUCUUCUGCCUCUGUUGGCUUCCUCACCAUGUGGUGGUCAUGUGCUAUCUUUAUGGUGACUUUCCAUUCAACCAAGUUACCUAUGCCUUCCGCCUUCUCUCUCAUUGCAUGGCUUAUGCCAACUCUUGCCUCAAUCCAAUUGUCUAUGCUCUAGUGUCCAAACACUUCCGGAAAGGAUUCCAGAAAGUCUUCAGCUGUCUCUUAAGGAAGAAAGGACGGAACAAGGUGCAUGUGGUCAACGUGGCCCACGCCGAGCCUGGGUUUGAUGCUGCCUCAACCGAAGUGUCCCACAUCAAUGAAGACCACGGAAAGAGGGGCGUUCGCCAAACUUCUGGAAAUCAUUCAGACUCUUCUAGACCAUUAGGCACUCCAUGA